AUGACAUCUUUGAUUUCAACGCAACAAAUAAUAGAAUCGUCGAAGAAUUCUUCUGAGACAAAUGAAGUUGUGUCAAGGAGAAAAAGGUUUAUUAUUUUCCCAAAAGGAAGCUCACUACAGAUGGUCUACUGCUUCCUAACCACUGCUUAUGGUACACCAGGAGGUCUAUUUACCAUCGGCAUAACCCUCGGACUUGCGUGGGAGAUACCUCAAGACCCCAGACCUUUCCUACGGAAUGCAACAAUGUCUUUCGUCCAUCGUCGUCACAGAAGAGAUCUCUUUCCCAAGAUUGAGACUUUUUUAGACAAAUAUGGAGUGAGUGGAAGAGGGUGUAUUCUCAGAGCAAUUUGUGAAUCAAGAGAACGGACAAAAGGUGAAAAUCUUCUUCCAACCAUCAAGAGACAAAAAAGAUAUCUCAGUUUUCCAAACAAAGCUGCGUUUGUGCUAACAUGUUCCCUACUGAAAGGUGUAGCCAGUGAGGUGGUUGUAGGACCUACAAUCAAGCUAGUUACUAUACAUGAGCUGGACGUUAUAUUCCCACUUCCUCACGACCCCAGCCCGUUCCAGCUAGCACAGACAGCCCUAGGUCAGCCUCCUAUCUACCACACGGCACACUCCAGGCAGCGACGUGACCUCUACGAUCAGCUGGAGGAACUGUUGUACAUGCAAGGUCAUGAUGGGAGAGCCUGCUUGCUUAAGGCAUUAUGCGACACUAGAACCAUGCCAAAAACAUCGGAAGAAAACUUGAUACAGGAUUUACUGAAUGUUAUAUUUUCGAUACCCACGAAUGAAACAACAGGCAUACUGGAAGAGUACCAUAUAGACGAGAAGAAAUGCUCCAAGUACAAAGAAAAGUGUCCCUUGUCCAUUUUUGAUCUGGCUUUUGAAUGGGCUGAUCAGUUUACCAGGGUGUAUGAUGCGUCAUAA